AUGUUUGAAGGUGCCAGGCAAAGCUUGGAUGGGCCUGGGAACGAAGAGACCGCCAACCAGCCCUCGGCUUGCGGGUUUGACUACUAUGAGCCUGUCGCGUGGGUUUCAGACCAGCUUUACAAUCAGGACCACUUAUACCUUCAGGAUGCAAGCAUUCCUUACCAGACCUCGGUUCGCGGGUUUGACAACUAUGAAGCUGGGUCUGUGGCGCGGGGUUCAGGUCAACUUUACAAUCAGAACCAUGGAUGUCAUCAGGGUGCAAGCGUUCCUUACCAGACCUCGGUUCGCGGGUUUGACAACUAUGACGCUGAGCCCAUCGCGUGGGAUUCAGGUCAGCGUUACAGUCAGGACGCACGGACGCCCUCGGGUGCGAGCGUUCCUUGUGAGAAAUUGGCUCACGAGCCUAACAACCCUGUCCUGCAUCUAUUGGAGGGAGGUUCCGUAUAG